CUUGGACGUUGCAGCUGCCCUGGGAUCCGCCUGACAACUUCCCACUGUAAUCACACCGCGCUACGGGGCUGUACACUGGCAACAACCGACCCAACCUGACUUCCUCGAGAUAACCUCAAACCCAAUCGAACUUCAUUUCCAUUAUCUAACAUUGACCCGAGUAUCAAUCUCCACUUAUUUCCGUGACCGUCUCGCUUAAUCGAAUCGUCAAUUGCUCUCAUCAUUUCCAAGUCGGUCAAUCAAUCAGCGCUCCCGUCGACGACCGCAUUACCACCGGACAGGAACCGGAAGCCGUUGCCCCCGGACUUAGGUUGCCGCUGCGAUUCACGGCCCUUCAGCUUGAGAGGUAGCUGCUAGCCAAAUUUCCAACCCACUUACACGCAUAUAAUUACUACGAAGCCAACCGCGACAAUGCCGCCAAAAAUCGAAGCGCAGGAAAUCGAGACGUACUGGAACAUCUUCUCGGCGCGAACAAAUGGCGGCAAGUUCCUGACGGGCGAGCAGGCGGCGCCGGUGCUGAAGAACAGUGGCCUGCGCGAUGACCAGCUGGAGCGUGUUUGGGAUCUGGCCGAUGUGGACAAUGACGGAAACCUUGAUUUCGAGGAAUUUUGUGUUGCGAUGAGGGUCAUCUUUGACCUUUUGAACGGGGAAUACGCUGAUGUCCCGACAACUCUCCCAGACUGGCUUGUCCCCGAAUCUAAAGCCCACCUUGUGCAAGCGAACCGCGCGCUAACCGGCAAGGCGCCGAAAUUCGAGCAAGUCGAAGAUGAAGACGAUACCCCCGGCUUGAAGGAUGGGUUUGACUGGUACAUGAGCCCGGCGGAUAAGUCCAAGUACGAGCAAAUCUAUCAAGAGAACCGAGAUAUGCGCGGCGAGGUUUCCUUCGCCGCCCUCCAAGACCUCUACGACUCCCUCUCCGUUCCCGACACCGACAUCCGCUCGGCCUGGAACCUGGUCAACCCGUCGGCCUCCUCGACCAUCAACAAAGAUGCCUGCCUCGCCUUCCUGCACAUCCUCAACUACCGCCACGAAGGUUUCCGCAUCCCGCGCACCGUUCCCGCUUCUCUGCGGGCCUCGUUCGAGCGCAACAAGAUCACAUACAACGUCAACGACCCGUCGCAGUCGCGCUGGGCCCAAAAGGCCGACGAUGAGACCUCUACCGGCCGCAAGGCCAAGUUCGGCGAUCAGUACCUGACGCGCCUAGGCCGUUCCUCGUUCAAGACGGCCGGCACCGACUUCUCGUCCGAGCAGACGGACGAUCAGUGGGAGGAAGUCAGGCUGAAGAAGCAGCUGGCGGAGCUGGACGAGAAGAUGGCCAAGGUUGAGGAGGCGGCGAACCGUCGUAGGGGCGGGAAAAGGGAUACAAAGCCGGCACUGGUCAAGAGGGAGCUGGAACAGCUGUUGGAUUAUAAGCGCAAGGAAUUGAGGGACUUGGAGGAGGGUAAGGGGAAGGCGGCGGCUGGUGGGAGCCUGAAGAGCGUGGCGGAUGAUUUGGCGACGGUUAAGGAGCAGGUGGAAGGGCUGGAGGCGCAUUUGAGGAGCAGGCAGGACGUGUUGGAGCAGUUGAAGAGGGAGAUUGAGGAGGAGAAGGUUGGGAGGUAAGCUGUUGAGGGUCGGUACAGGGAGAUGGGUUGAAGAGGUAGAGAGAGCGGGCUGUGAUAUUUUGCUGGGUUCCUCGAGGCGAAGACCAUGGGCAGUUUGCCAGGACAGGAAUGAUUUGGGUUCAUCGGUUACGUUUCAUCUUUCUAAGACAGCAUAAUCUCUUAAUGGCAUUCAGUGGAGUAACAACAAGCUGCCUGAUGGCGCAUAUCUUGA